CAAAUUUUGUUUAUAGUUGAGCCCCUGCGUGGUUUUCGAUUUAUUUUUAGAACAAUCCUUUCCGCACAUUCUGAAUCUUCCAAUUUUCCUGAUACUACCUGACAAACGAGAGAUUUCUUUUUGGAAAAAAUUUCAAUUAUCUUCUUCGUCAAUUCUCGUGUCAGGUUUGUAUCUGGAUUCCGAAUGGGGCAGCAGGCGUCCAAAGAUGAGGUCGUGUAUCAGCGCGCCGGCAAUGGCGAUAUUGAAGGAAUCAAAGCCCUUGCUGCAGAAGGUGCAACUCUCGAGUGGGUUGACAGGGAAGGAAAGACCCCCUUGAUCGUUGCCUGUUUGAAUCCCGAGCUCUACAACGUGGCGAAAACGUUACUAGAACUUGGCGCUAAUGUCAAUGCGUUUGGACCAGGCCGUAAUGGUGGGACGCCGUUACACCAUGCUGCUAGAAGAGGCUUGGAAAACACUGUUAAAUUACUUCUUUCUUACAGAGCAAAUACUUUGAUAAUUAACGAUGCUUGUCAAACUCCAUUGGAAGUUGCGAGAGAAGCAAGGCACAAGAAUGUUGUUCGUGCCAUUGAGAAUCAUAUGAGUCUGUUCUCUGGUUGGAUGCGGGAAUUUUAUGGGCCGGAGUUUCUCGAAGUACUAGCUCCUCAUCUCCUUUCGAGAAAAGUUUGGGUAGUCGUUUUACAUUGUGGCUCUCGAAAUCAUAUGAAGCCUAAUAAGUUGGAGCUUGCCAUAUAUAGUAGCUUGCAGGAUGCUCAACCACGUGCAAUUAUUCCAUUGUGGAAAUCAUAUUUAGAAGAACAUAAGAUACAGGAAGCUGACCCGUCUGUUGUUAUUGUCGACAACUCUCCAAACUUAGUUUCAAAAGGAAGGAGGCGAAGACGGAGUUGUCACACUUCCUGGGAGACCAGAAGUCGAUUUCGAAAAUCAAAGACAAUACGUCUUCGACUUGCACCUGCCAAUGAGUAUGACAGACAACAACUUCAAUGGUUUUGUGAUGCUUGCAAAGGAAUUCCUCAGCCAAAGGUGGUGCAGCCUACAAUUUGGCAUAAUCACCAGAGCCCGAUCAACAUUGCGACUGUACCGGCCGGUGUGGAAGAUCCGGAGCUUGCAAUGGCCAUAAAUGCCUCCAUUCAGUCAGCUGCGCAGGAAGGAGCACGGCUUCAUACUCCCCACUCAUGUUCUGAGGUAGGUUCCUCCAGUAGUAGCCAGCUACCCCCACAUGUGCCUCCGCAAACAGGUACCGACAAAUGGACAGCUCAUGAAGCUAGCCACGGUUACAAUCCAAGCCAUCACGCCGAGACGCUGAACAACACGGUCCUUGUCACCCAGAUGACACACCCUCCAAAUGCAGUCCCCUCAGCUCCACCAGGUGCAACCAGACUUUUCGAGGCUGGCACCAGUACAGUCGACUACCCGUUAGUCAAUUCUCAUCCCGUAGAUGACGUACCAUAUUCAUUCACUGAGAAUCAAAUGAAUCAAAGCAGUGGCAGCUCGUCGUGUGUGAUAUGUUUGGAUGCCCCAGUGGAGGGAGCAUGCGUGCCCUGUGGCCAUAUGGCUGGAUGUAUGUCUUGUCUGAAUGAGGUCAAGGCCAAGAACUGGGGCUGCCCAGUUUGUCGCACCAAGAUUAAUCAAGUCAUAAAGUUGUAUGCAGUUUGAGCCCACAAAUCAAACAGGUGAAAAUCCUUCCACUGUACGAUAGAUGUCUGAGAUGAAAACUUCUGAAGUAUAGAUGUAAAUUCCUCUAAACGAAACUGGCAGAUUGUUAUUCUUCCAACAAAAAAAAAAGUGUGGUAAUAUAUUGUGAGUUAUUUGGCUAAUGAGUUAGAUUUGUGUAACACAGUUGAACAUAUAUUUUGUAUAUAAAUUUGUUUAUUUCAAAUUAUGAGUGUUCAGUUCAAUCAAA